AUGACGUGGUUCCGCGCCGCCUCAGGGGCCGCCCGCCUCGCCCUCCGCCGCAGCCUCGCCAGCCGCGCGUCGCCAGCCGCCACCCGAUGCGGCCGCGGCUUCCACUCCACCGCUCUGCGGCCCCGCUCCGCCGCCCCCGUGCCCCGGGCCGUCCCGCUCUCGCGCCUCUCUGACAGCUUCCUCGACGGCACCAGCAGCGUCUACCUCGAGGAGCUCCAGCGGGCCUGGGAGGCCGACCCUUCCUCCGUCGACGAGUCAUGGGACAACUUCUUCCGCAACUUCGUCGCCCAGGCCUCUCCCUCCGCCGGCGUCUCCGGCCAGACCAUCCAGGAGAGCAUGCAGCUCCUCCUCCUCGUCAGGGCCUACCAAGUCAACGGCCACAUGAUGGCCAAGCUCGACCCCCUCGGCCUCGACGAAAGAGCCGUCCCCGAAGACCUCCACCUCGGCCUCUACGGCUUCACAGACGCUGACCUCGACAGGGAGUUCUUCCUCGGCGUCUGGAGGAUGUCCGGUUUCCUCUCCGAGAACCGCCCCGUCCUCACCCUCCGUGAGAUCCUCAGCAAGCUCCAGCAGGCAUACUGUGGACCCAUCGGCUACGAGUACAUGCACAUCCCCGACAGGGACAAGUGCAACUGGCUCAGGGAAAAGAUCGAGACCGCCAAGCCCAAGGAAUACAACAAGGACCGCCGCCUUGUCAUGCUUGACAGGCUUAUCUGGAGCACCCAGUUCGAGAACUUCCUAGCCACCAAGUGGGCCACCGCCAAGAGGUUUGGCCUUGAGGGUGGCGAGACACUCAUUCCUGGCAUGAAGGAGAUGUUCGAUAGGGCUGCUGACCUCGGCGUUGAGAACAUUGUCAUCGGCAUGCCGCAUAGGGGAAGGCUCAAUGUCCUUGGUAAUGUUGUUCGCAAGCCACUGUCUCAGAUAUUCAGCGAGUUCACUGGCGGCACAAGGCCUGUUGAAGGUGAGGAUGGUCUCUACACCGGAACCGGUGAUGUCAAGUACCACCUGGGUACCUCCUAUGAUCGCCCAACUCGAGGCGGCAACAGGAUCCACUUGUCCUUGGUCGCCAAUCCCAGCCAUCUGGAAGCCGUUGAUCCUGUUGUCAUUGGCAAGACACGCGCUAAGCAGUUCUACUCCAAUGAUACUGACAGGACAAAGAACAUGGGUAUUCUGAUCCAUGGAGAUGGAAGCUUUGCUGGCCAGGGUGUCGUCUAUGAGACGCUCCAUCUAAGUGCCCUCCCAAACUACACUACUGGUGGAACCAUUCAUAUUGUUGUCAAUAACCAAGUUGCCUUCACGACUGAUCCAAGAGCUGGCAGGUCCUCCCAGUACUGCACAGAUGUCGCCAAAGCCCUGAAUGUUCCUAUAUUCCAUGUAAACGGCGACGAUUUAGAGGCUGUUGUUCGUGUUUGUGAGCUUGCAGCUGAGUGGCGCCAGACUUUUCACUCUGAUGUGGUGGUCGAUCUGAUUUGCUACCGCCGUUUCGGGCAUAACGAAAUCGAUGAACCCUCCUUCACACAGCCAAAGAUGUAUCAGGUCAUUAAGAACCAUCCCAGCUCAUUGAAGCUUUAUGAGCAGAAACUGCUCGGAACGGGUGAAGUCUCAAAAGAAGAUGUCCAGAGGAUCCAUGACAAGGUGAACCGAAUCUUGAAUGAAGAGUUUGCAAAGAGCAAAGACUAUGUUCCCAACAAGAGGGAUUGGCUCUCAGCUUACUGGACUGGCUUUAAGUCACCAGAGCAAAUAUCACGUGUUCGCAACACUGGGGUGAAGCCCGAGAUACUGAAACGUGUAGGACAGGCAAUUACUACACUGCCUGAAAACUUCAAACCACACAGAGCAGUGAAGAAGAUUUUUGACCUGCGAGCAGCUAUGAUCGAGAGUGGUGAAGGAAUUGAUUGGGCUGUUGCAGAAGCCCUGGCCUUUGCAACACUUAUAGUGGAAGGCAAUCAUGUUAGGCUAAGUGGACAGGAUGUGGAAAGAGGAACUUUCAGCCAUCGGCAUGCAGUUCUGCAUGAUCAGGAAACUGGAGCAAAGUACUGCCCACUUGACCAUGUUGCAAUGAAUCAAAGUGAGGAGCUGUUUACUGUUAGCAACAGUUCACUUUCAGAGUUUGCUGUUCUUGGGUUUGAAUUGGGUUACUCCAUGGAGAACCCUAAUUCAUUGGUUCUUUGGGAAGCACAAUUUGGCGAUUUUGCCAAUGGUGCACAAGUGAUGUUUGACCAGUUUUUGAGCAGUGGCGAGGCAAAAUGGUUGCGGCAAACCGGCCUUGUUGUUCUGCUGCCUCAUGGUUAUGAUGGCCAAGGUCCUGAGCAUUCCAGUGCCCGCUUGGAGCGCUUCCUUCAGAUGAGUGAUGAUAAUCCUUUUGUCAUACCUGAGAUGGAACCAACACUUCGCAAGCAGAUACAAGAGUGUAACUGGCAAGUUGUGAAUGUGACAACUCCUGCAAAUUAUUUUCAUUUGUUGCGUCGGCAGAUACAUAGGGAGUUCCGGAAGCCACUGAUUGUAACAGCCCCGAAGAACCUGCUUAGGCACAAGGAUUGCAAGUCAAAUCUUUCAGAGUUUGAUGAUGUUGAAGGCCAUCUAGGAUUUGAUAAGCAGGGAACACGUUUCAAGCGACUGAUAAAGGACCGUAAUGAUCACAAGCAAGUCGAAGAGGGUAUCAACCGUCUUAUCUUAUGUUCUGGGAAAGUUUACUAUGAACUUGACGAAGAGCGUAAGAAGUCCGAGCGUGGUGAUGUUGCAAUUUGCAGAGUUGAGCAACUUUGCCCAUUCCCGUAUGACCUUAUCCAAAGAGAGCUUAAGAGAUACCCAAAUGCGGAGAUUGUGUGGUGCCAGGAGGAGCCCAUGAACAUGGGUGCAUACAGCUACAUCUGUCCUCGGCUGUUUACUGCCAUGAAGGCUCUUGGGCGGGGUUCGUUUGAAGACAUCAAGUAUGUGGGCAGAGCACCUUCAGCUGCUACAGCAACAGGCUUCCUGUCGGUUCAUGUGCAGGAGCAGUCAGAGCUAGUGAAGAAGGCACUGCAGCCAGAGCCGAUCAAAUUCCCCUGA